CAGCGGUCGCACGGCGGGCGGGAGCUAUGGCGGCGGCGGGGGACGCCUUUCUGAGAGCCCAGGGCAGGACUCUGACCGCUUUCCGUCAAGACGAUGAGUGCCAAUGGAAGGGGCCCUUCUACUUCAUCCAAGGAGCAGAUCCUCAGUUUGGGCUGAUGAAAUCUUGGGCAGUUGGAGAUACUAACAAUGGAGAUGAUGAAUGGGGAGAAGAAAUCAAAUUAGCAGAGCAAGCAGUGCAGGCCAUUAACAAACUAAACCCUAAACCCAAGUUCUUUGUGUUGUGCGGAGACCUUAUCCAUGGAAUGCCAGGAACUCAAUGGAGAAAGGACCAAGAGCAAGAUUUAAAGAAUGUUCUGAAGAACACUGACCAGGACAUCCCAUUGGUAUUCGUCAGUGGAAAUCAUGAUAUUGGCAAUACUCCAACAAGAGAAACAAUAGAUAAUUAUUGCAAGAACUGGGGAGAUGACUACUUCAGCUUUUGGGUUGGAGGUGUUUUCUUUCUUGUGCUGAAUUCUCAGUUAUACUUCGAUUCUUCCAAAUGCCCUGAGUUAAAGCAAGCCCAGGAUGUGUGGCUCAAUGAGCAACUGGCUGUGGCUGAAAAACAUAAAUGCAAGCAUAUAAUAGUAUUUCAGCAUAUCCCUCUGUUUCUGAGAAAACCUGAUGAAGACCACGAUUAUUUCAACUUGGAAAAAUCAGUUCGUCAAGAGAUAAUGGAAAAGUUUCAUAAAGCAGGCAUUAAAGCUGUAUUUUCUGGACAUUACCAUAGGAAUGCUGGAGGCUCCUACCGAGGACUGGAAAUGGUGGUUUCAUCAGCAAUAGGAUGUCAGCUGGGAGAAGAUACGCAUGGGCUUCGAGUGGUUGUUGUCACAGAUGAAAAGAUUGUUCAUAGAUACUACAGUUUAAAUGAACUGAGCAGCCAAGGCAUAGAGAAAGAGCUGCUAGAUAUGCUUGCUAAGCAAAAUUAGGCUAUGUCAAAUGAUGUGGGGUUUUUUCCAUAUUAGACAACUAGAGAGUGUUUCAGAAACUUUCCCCAAGCUGAAGAUACAGAUUUCUGAUUGUGCACCAUGUCCCAGAAAAGCUCUCAAUUUGUUAUUAUCCUAAAUAACAAAAAUGUUGUUGAUGUUCCUCCUUUUGAAAAUGAGACCUAUGAGGAAUACAGAAGAAUAGCAGAAAUAAUACAGUAACGUAUCAUUGAAAAGAACUGUUCUGAGAAUUUUUGCUUUGUUCCUAGAUAAGACUUUCUUAUUAAAGUGUAUCAAAGAGUAAGAGUUGUAGCUUCUAGAUAACCCUUUAACUCAAGUCUAUUUUAGUUUUAUAUUUGAGAGGGUAUUUUAAAAUCAAUAAAUUUAGUCAUUUCUGUUACACUAUGGGCAAUUUAAAUGUGGCAUUUUUUUACUCUAUAAAAACAAAUCUCAAAAAGUCUGAAAUCAACAGACUCCCACGGACUUUUCGCAACCUUUGAAUCAGAUCUUGUUACCUAGAGGUUGUAUUUUCUCCCAUUUCCCAUACUUUAUUUUCCUAGUUCUUCAGAGCCAGCAGCAAUAGGAGAGCAAACACAUUCUGUUUUGCAGUCACAGCUUGGGUUUCCAUUAUAUCCUAGUUUUAUGUAAUGAAAAGUCUAUGAAAGAAGCUAAUAUAGAUGCCACUGACAGAAACUAAACAUGGAACAACUAUUUUCCUUUUGGAAUUUAACUACCAUUCAGUUAGCAUAUGUUCUUGCUAUAGCUUCAGAAGUUGGAAUAAUUGUAUGGGGAGAAUAUUCUAUACAGAAUACUGUUAUCAGAAAUCACUUCGAUGAUUCCUAGACAAGGGGAGAGCUUUGAUUUCCAAAUGCAGUUUAAGAGUGCCUUACUGUAAUAUUAUACAAUAUUGAAUGUUGAAAAACCCUAAAAAUUGUAAAAAAUUUCUUGACUGGAGUAAGUCAGUCUUUAAAAGUAAAUUAUAUAAACAGAAAUUUAUGUGCUGCAAUCCACUUUUUUUUUUUAAGCAAGUAUAUACGAUUUGUUUACUGUUAAAUAAAAAAGUCUUUACAAAUUAACACAUACCUGGUUUUAUUUUUUAAGCAUUUAGUUGAACACAUUAUAAUCCAUGCCACAGGUUAUCUAGAAAUAGAGAGAGUGCAGCUUUAGCACCUGAAGAGGGAAGAACACAAACAAUAUUGACUGAAAAAGUAAUGCACUCUAUCUGUUUUCAUGUAUAGUCACAUACAACAUCAUUCCCUAGAGGGUAUUAUAGGUAUUUAAAAUAUGGUGAGAGAGAUUAAAUGCUGUGCUGACGAAUCAGUUUCAUUACAUUUUAGUCACAACAGUUUAUCUAGGAGGCUCCUUCAAGCUUGAUCUGUGGGGCUCAUGAGGUUCUAUAAUUACCUCUGUAGCAUUUCCUUGCACCAGUGAAACAGCUGUACCUGCAGACGGACAGGACCAAACGUGGACUGCUGUCCCAUGGCAAUAACCUAAGCAGAGGUAGUGUUUGAUUCGGAAAGAAAGAAAAUUAUUUUGUUUAUAUUCUCUGCCUGCUUUUGCUUAGUUGAAUGGUUUCACAGUCUCAUUUUCAAGGGAAAAAUCUGGGAAAUGAGAACUAAAAUCUAAGGCUAGCUUACUUUGAAAUAGGUAGGAACUGAAGUACCCAAAUGGCAGUUUCAUUGGAAGUUAAACACCCAGUAGUUCAGAUACUGGUUUUAAAAAGCUAUGUACUUAGAUAUCUUUGGAGCCACUGACUACUUUUAAAAUUUGGUCUUAUAUAGCUAAUUAACAAUUUCAAGAAUGAAAUGAUGCUAGUUUAUGUUUUGCAGAUGGAAGAAUAGUCUCUCUCCACCUUAACUCUUUUAAGUCCGUUUAAAUUGUAAGACUGAAAUUCAGCAGCGGGACCUGAGAUAAUCUGAGCAUGGAAUAUGCUCUCCACUAUGGUGCAAUAUUGUAAAGCUGAAUGGAGUAAAAGUCUAAACAGUUUUUUUAAUAUGCCUGUUUGUUUAUUAAAGGAUAUCAUUUUAACUGAGUAUAUGAAGCUUGGGAGAGCAAAGCGUAACUUCGGGAAAAAAGUCUUUCCACAAAUAUGAAAAUGCUAAUAGUAGUGGUAUAUAGUGUUCUAAAAUUUUGUUUUCAGAGUUACAGUGUACCAAUAUACAGAAGAAAUGUUUAUAU